GGCGGUCCUGUUGCCCUGGGGACGGUUUCCCGGCUGCGUGCCACAGCCGCACCGGCCAGGCCCUCAUCGCGACAUAAGGCCCAGGCCAAGAAGCCCUGGCCAUGGCCACAUCGGCCGGCGUGUCCUUUUCUGUGGGCGCAUCUUUCUCUGCUGGCAACGGGGUGCCUGAGACUGAGAAGAACUUAGGAGAGCCCGAGAACACCUACAUUCUUCCGCCCGUUUUCCAGCAAAGGUUCAGACCGUCUGUUGUUAAAGAGUGUAUCCAUGCUGUGCUCAAGGAGAAACUGGCAAAUGCUGAAUAUUCUCCAGAAGAAAUGCCUCAGCUCACAAAACGUCUAUCGGAAAACAUUAAAGAUAAAUUAAAAGAAAUGGGAUUUGACCGAUAUAAAAUGGUGGUGCAAGUAGUGAUUGGAGAACAAAGAGGCGAAGGAGUAUUCAUGGCUGCUCGAUGUUUCUGGGAUGCUGACACUGACAACUACACUCAUGAUGUUUUCAUGAAUGACAGUUUAUUCUGUGUUGUAGCAGCAUUUGGCUGUUUCUACUAUUGAAUAUUUUUGAAAAGCUGGGAAAAGAUCUGACCAUGAAGAAUCUGAACUUUUUUAUAUUGUUAAAUGUCUUAACAAAAUAAAGAUAAGUUGGCAGUUUGGCAACUGAA